AUGUCAGACUUCCGCUGUCGCCUAUUAUCGCGGGGGGUUUCCAUUGAGAAGUUUAUUCUUUCGAAUGUAACUCGAUCGCGACAUCAACACCGCAGAGAGUCAUAUCCUCUCAAGUCCCUUUGUCCACUGCUCCCGUGUGGACGAGCUCCACGCCGCACACUGACUCAAAUUUGCUCAAAGGGUUCCGACAAAGGUCACGCGGAAGAACCCGCGAACGACUGGCUCGACACCAUCGAAGCAGUCGAUAGAUGUGUUUGGCAUCAUUCAAAUGAUGGUGAAAAGCACGCGUCGUCGAAGUUCAGGGAAGCAGAGCAUUCAUUUUAUGCUGCUUUCCAUAUUGAAAAACAUGUUUCUAUCACGAAGCAGAUCGCGCGGUGGCGACGAGACUUCGCGACAUUGCGCGGCCGAGAGCCAACGUAUGAUGAUGAGCCUGAGAAGAUACGAAGAUUGGAGCGUGCUCUAGUAAAUUUAGGACAACGGAUAGCUGAACUGAAGUAAAAUAAAGUUAAUAUCAUCCGCGCAAGGUGCCUCCAUAGCUAGUGACUGACUGAACAGGAAUGUUUGGUUCGCGGGAGGCUGGUUUGGGACGAGUCUCGAGUUUUCAUCGAUGAGCUUCGGUGAAAGAAGGACUAAGAGGGCUACUCACCCAUAGUUUGAAGAUUUUUCAUCCAUACACCGGUCAACUUCGACGUCUACCACCGCGUCUUCAGAACACGCCUUAGCGUAGAUUCUUCGUUCACAAGUGGCGUGCGUGUGAGGACAACGACUACGUGCACGCCAAGCGCAACGAUAAAGACGUCCCGCAGAGCAGUCGUCGUUUUAGGAACGGGAAGGCGUCGCACAGUUUUGUUAGUCAGCAAUAAAGUGACAAACGACGACCGUACGGUUCUUUAGUUUAUGACUUUUGCAAAUAAUCGAGCUCUCGACCAA